CCGCUGGCGCCGCCCCGCGGCCCGGCCCUGCCCCGGCGCUGCCCCGGCCCUGCCCUGCCCUGCCCUGCCCGGCGCGGCGGCGCGGAGCGGAGCGGCGCGGAGCGGCGCGGCGGGAUGGCGGCGGGCGGGCGGCGCGGCGGCGAGGAGCUGCCCGUGUACCUGGCGCGGCCGGGGGCGGCGGCGGCGCCGCGGCAGAAGCGCGGCGGGCUCUUCUGCAGCGUCGAGGGCGCCUUCGAGAGCAAGACGCUCGACUUCGGCGCCCUGCGCGUGGGGCAGCGCCGCGCCGCGCCGCCCGCCGCGCGCCCCCAGCCCGGCCCCGACCCCGGCCCCGCCGCCGGCCCCCAGCCCGACCCCGGCCCCGGCCCCCAGCCCGCCGCCGAGCCCCGCGCCGAGCCCGGCCGCGAGCCGCUCCAGAGCCCCGGCCCCGCCGGCAGCCAGAGUGAUCGUCUCCUUAUUAAAGGAGGGAGAAUAGUCAACGAUGACCAGUCAUUCUAUGCUGAUAUUUACAUGGAAGAUGGUCUCAUAAAGCAAAUUGGAGACAAUCUGAUUGUCCCUGGAGGGGUCAAAACCAUAGAAGCCAAUGGGAAGAUGGUGAUCCCUGGAGGAAUUGAUGUCCACACUCACCUGCAGAUGCCGUACAAGGGGAUGACAGCUGUGGAUGACUUCUUCCAAGGGACAAAAGCAGCCCUGGCUGGUGGAACCACUAUGAUCAUGGACCACGUGUUCCCGGAGCCCGAGUCCAGCCUGGCGGACGCCUACGAGAAGUGGCGGGAGUGGGCUGACGGCAAGGCCUGCUGUGACUACUCCCUGCACGUGGACGUCACCCACUGGAACGACAGCGUCAAGCAGGAGGUGCAGACCAUGGUCAAGGAAAAAGGAGUUAACUCCUUCAUGGUUUAUAUGGCCUACAAGGAUUUGUACCAGAUGUCAAACACAGAGCUGUAUGAGAUAUUCAGCUGCCUGGGAGAGCUGGGUGCCAUAGCUCAAGUUCAUGCUGAAAAUGGAGAUAUAAUUGCACAGGAACAAACCAGGAUGUUGGAGAUGGGAAUAACUGGUCCUGAGGGCCACGUGCUGAGCAGACCCGAGGAGCUGGAAGCAGAAGCUGUCUUCCGGGCCAUCACUAUUGCCAGCCAGACCAACUGCCCUCUGUACGUGACUAAAGUGAUGAGCAAAAGUGCUGCUGACCUCAUCUCGCAAGCCAGGAAAAAAGGCAACGUGGUGUUUGGCGAGCCAAUCACAGCUAGUCUGGGGACUGACGGGACACACUACUGGAGCAAGAACUGGGCCAAGGCUGCGGCGUUUGUGACCUCCCCACCUCUGAGCCCAGACCCAACGACCCCCGACUACAUCAACUCCCUCCUGGCCAGUGGUGACCUCCAGGUUUCAGGAAGCGCCCACUGUACGUUCAACACUGCCCAGAAAGCAAUUGGAAAGGACAACUUUACAGCAAUCCCAGAAGGGACCAACGGCAUAGAGGAGCGGAUGUCUGUCAUCUGGGACAAGGCAGUGGCCACAGGAAAGAUGGAUGAAAACCAGUUUGUGGCUGUGACAAGCACUAACGCUGCAAAAAUCUUCAACCUGUACCCACGGAAAGGGAGAAUAGCAGUGGGCUCAGACAGUGAUCUAGUUAUUUGGGAUCCUGAUGCAGUGAAGAUUGUCACAGCGAAAAACCAUCAGUCUGUGGCUGAAUACAACAUCUUUGAAGGGAUGGAGCUGCGUGGGGCCCCGCUGGUGGUCAUAUGCCAGGGGAAGAUUGUGCUGGAGGAUGGCAACCUGCACGUGACCCAGGGGACGGGACGCUUCCUGCCCAGCAGUCCUUUCCCUGACUAUGUCUACAAGCGCAUCAAGGCCAGGAGGAAGAUGGCCGAGAUGCACGCUGUGCCGCGUGGCAUGUACGACGGACCCGUGUUCGACCUGACCACCACCCCCAAAGGCGGCACCCCUGCGGGCUCGACCCGGGGGUCCCCCACGCGGCAGACGCCCCCCGUCAGGAACCUCCACCAGUCCGGAUUCAGCCUGUCGGGUACCCAGAUCGAUGAGGGUGUUCGCUCAGCGAGCAAGCGCAUUGUCGCGCCCCCGGGAGGCCGCUCCAAUAUAACCUCUCUGAGUUAAGUGUCCAAGGCAGGAAGGAAACAGAAUCCCCGUUCUAGCGAAGGAAGAAUAUUGGUGCAUCGGUGUUCAAGAAGGAAAAGCAAAUAAACCGGUUCUGAAGAAUCAAUAAGCCUCAAGCCUUAUGUUUCACCAAUGCUACUUGCUACCUAGCUUUAAGGAUACUGCUUCAUUUUGUUUUACGCAUAGCCUUAAACCUCUGUUGUUGUUGGUUGGGUUGGGUUUUUCCUUUCUGUGUUUGCAUGCAUGCUGCUCAGACAGGUCCUCGGUUGGGCUCUGUGCUGUACGUGUUGAGCGCUCGUGGGGGGCCGCAGUGCGAGAAAGGCCGCGGCUGGAGCCGGCAGCGGGGCAGGAGCCGAGGCGGCGCCGCUGCCUGAUGAGGGUCUGUGUGUGCUGUUGUGUUCUUUGUUUCCACUCGCUGCCAUCAGCCUUUCCCCGUGAGGCCCCUCGGGAAGCCCGAGUCACCUCUGUAACAACUGUCACAGCGCCUCACGUAAGAAAUUUUAUUACUUUGUACAUUUUAUUAAAAAAGAAAAAAGCGAUCGUUCCUUCCAAACA